AUACGCUUCUCCAAGGAUCGAUGAAACGGCUGAGCUCAAACCACCAUGCCAGACUCCAUCGCCUCAAAUUGGAAAUAUCCUCUACACCCUCGGACCCUACAGUGACCCAUUACACCAUUGCCAAGACCAUGGAUCGCUACCAACACCACGGGUCUACAUUCCAAGAUGUCGGAUCGAGAUCUCGUCAAGAGUCUUCGUUGGCCAACGACUCCGCUCCAUUCCAGCCAUCGAUCCCGUCCCUCCGCCCCUUCCCUCUCCACCCCACCUACAAGCAUCAUCCCCCACCUCUUCCACUUCUCCCCUGCCUUCCCAUCAUCCCCUCCAUCAUCUCCGAUUUCCCCGUCCCCUCCCUCUCGCUCCACCCACUCACUCUCCCUCUCCACACCUCCCCCAUAAAAUGGCCCAUUCACAGUAAUAACCUCCCCGUCCAUCCCCACGCCCGCCCCCAUCAGCAUCAACCCCUGCGGAUUCGCCUCCGCCACCAAUACACAUCGGCCUUGACCGCACACCUCACCACGCCAUGUCGCCGCACUCCCUCCCACACCCGGCGAUACCGCCGAAUCGCCGCCAGUCUCCUGACAGAACACCUUCCCGAGCAACGCCUCGUCCUCGGCAUGCUACCCCGGGUCCACACGGCUGUCCACGCCCGCCGCGUCGAGCAGCGCGUGCCCGGCCUGCUCCCACGUACGCGGCUGCCCGGUCCGCGAGAGGAAGCGCAGCCCGUUGGAGGACUCUGCGUGGUGCCGCCGCGUGAAGGCGUCGCCGUGGGCGGAGGGGAGUGCGCAGCGGCAGAUGGUGUGUGGGUCGGAGAGGGCGAGUAUGAGGUUGUAGCAGGUUAUGUUGCGGGCUUCGAGGGAGGAGCGGGUGGGGUGGGAUGGCGCGGCGGUGUUGGUGUCAUCUGCGUGUGUGAGUUGAAGGGUCUUGGGCGUGCCUUUUGGCUUGAGGAGCUUGUGAAGGAACUUCAUGGUCGUCAGGGCGCUGGCUUUAGAGGCUGGGAGGAGUGUUUCGAGGCGAGUUUGCUUGAGCGAGAUCUCGCUGAGUGUUGA